CGUAAUGCACAUCUCAUUUUACAAAGAAUUGGAGGCACACUGAAAGCAAACAUAGUACAGUAUAAAGACGUAAUUACUAGGGUUGUCAAAGUUAACGCGUUAAUGGAAAGUUCCUUUAACGGCUCUGAGGCCUGUCACGAUAACAAAUUUUGCUGGUCGAUAAUUGUGCUACAAGUUGUUGUCGAUAAUCGAUGUUAUCGGCAACAUUUUUGAGACCGUUUUUUUCAUUAUUGUCAUGAGAGGUAUAAUUCACAUUUGAACCACUAGAUGAUACUCAGAUAUAGUGUACCUGUGUGAGCCACAUUAGCUUGACACAGAAGUUUCCUGUACGUAUGUUGUCUAGAAUGUAUGCCAUAUAAUCAUACUAAAUAGUUGCAUUUCUUUUGCAAUGUAGCGAGCGACACUGUCUGUGAGCGCGCAUCAUUUUGUACUGUUUUGUUUAUAUUUGCCGACCAAACACCUCAGUAAGCGUUGACUGUCUGGUCGAAGGUUCCGCUGCCCGAGCUCCUCCAUCGGUAGUUUUUUUUCCCAUUUGAGAAAACUGUCCGUGUCGGUCGCCGGUGUUCAUGUGCUCACCUUGUUCAUUCUGUUUAAAACCGAAAUAUUCCCACACUUGGGCUGUCAGCUGUGGCAUUCGCCUUAGAAACCAUCGCUUCUGUGCCUUCAUUCAUGUUAGCGUAUGCUGCCUCACGAAGCUAACUGCAAACCCUCUGUAUCCACUCACUAGUAGCCCCGCCUCCGUUCAUUCCCCUAUAGAAGCAAUGCGCACAGACGGAAGCAGAUUGAACCCUCUUGUCAUCCAGCCUGUGUGGCCCAGAGUGACGAGCAGACGAGACACACAUGCAUACAUGCACAUGUCAAUUUGUCGACGGCAUCAUAAUUAUCGACCUGUUUCUUUUUUAUCAUUCGAUUUAUCGAUUAGCAUGACAGGCCUAACGGCACUAUGUUUUUGUUGUCGCACGACUAACGUGCGCACGUCCGGUUUGAGCCUUGGCCCACACCGUAGUUUGCGGAAGCAGCAGUGACUGUAGAGCUACAAGCGGGAGCAAAUAUUGAGCAGAAAUGGGGCAAGAAAAGGGCGUUUUAAUUGGUCAAUUUAGCUUCAAAGCCCUGGCAGAGGGCUCUUGCAAUAAGACCAAAGUUAUUUGUGUCUACUGUCGCUGUGAUUUGUUGUCACGAAGUAGGUCAACUUUGUGAUUAAAUGUGAUUAAUUAUGAGUUAACUAUGGACAACAUGUGUUUAACCACGAUUAAAUAUUUAAAUUGAUUGACAGCCCUUGUAUAAAGACGUAUAAUUAGGUUACUCUGGCCCAGACCAAACAAUUUAAAAGGCUACUUGCUUCGCACUUUAGUGCUCAAACUCAAAAUAUUCCAAACCUAAAUGCUGUCUGCCAUGUUGAAUACGUAGCUUAUGUUUAUAUUCUGCUAUAGCUAUUCUGCUACAGUCGUCCCUCGUUACAUCGCUCCCUCACUCUACUGCGGUUUUUUAAAAUUCAUUAAUUAAUUAAGCACUGUUUUGUGGUUGAAUACGUCCUAUUAAAAAAAACAAACUAUUUAAGCAAAUUGUAAGCCAAAAGCUUCUUAAAUAUACUUUUAAAGAGCACCUUCCCGCUAGAAUUCCGUAUGACCGACUCAGAAUUAUUUUAUUUUUUAAGUUUUUGUCCCGCUUCAGUUGCAAGGAAAUGCAUGAGCGUGUAGCAUGACACCACCAGGGUGCGCUCUUAAUCGAAACCUUCUUCUUGCUUCCUCCUUCCUUAUUCCAUCUUCCUCCUCAUCUCUCUUUCUCCAUCUUCCCUCUUCUACAUUCCGCCUCCUUUCUACUCUCCUUUCUUUCUCCUCCUUACAUCUUCAUUCUCCUUCCUUCUUUUUUUGCUUCUCCUUUCUUUCUCCUCCUUGCUGCUUCCACCUUCCUCCCCUUUUCAUUUUCCCUGCUUUCUUCCUCCUAUUUUCAUGUCCUUUCUUCAUUCCCCUCAUUCCUUAUUCUUUCUUUCUUUCAUUUCUUCAUUCUUCUUUCUCCUUCCUUUCUUUCUUUCCUCCUCCUCCUUUCGGCUUCUCCUUUCUUCUUUCUCCUCCUUCCUUCUUCUUUCUACUCCUUCCAUCUUCUGUCUUCUUCCUUCCUUCUUUCUACUCCUUCCAUCUUCUAUCUUCUUCCUUCCUUCUUUGUCCUCCUUCCUCCAUCAUCUUCCUUCUUUUUUCCUCCAUGUUCCUCCUCCUUUUUCCUCCUUCCUUCUUCUUUGUCCUCUUUCCUUUUUUCAUUAUCUUUCUUCUUCCUUCCUUCUUUUUCUCCUUUAUCCUCUUUCCUUCUUCUAACUUCCUUCUCCUUCUUCCUCCUUCCUUCCUUCUUUAUCCUUUCUUUUUCCAUCAUCUUCCUUCUUUCUACUCCUUCCUUCUUCUAUUUCUUCUUUUUCUUCCUUCCUUCUUUCUCCUCCUUCCUUCCUCCAUCAUCUUCCUUCUUCUUUCUCCCGUUUCCUUCUUCCAUCAUCUUUCUUUUUCCUUCCUCCAUGUUCCUCCUCCUUUUUCCUCCUUUCUUCUUUGUCCUCCUUCCAUCUUCUUCCUUCUUUCUCCUCCUUCCUUUUUCCAUCUUUCUCCUUCUUCCACCUCCUUCAUUCUUCCAUAGUCUUUAUUUUUUUUCCUUCUUCCAUCUUUUUUCUCCUUCUUUGUCCUUUCUUCUUCCAUUGUUUUCUUUUUUUCUCCAUUCUUUUUCCACCAUCAUCCUUUUUCCUUUUUCCCUCUUUCUUCCUCUUUUUUUUCUUCUCCUUCGGGUGGUAGAGCGGUCGUCUCCCAACUUGAAGGUUGCUGGUUCGAUCCUGGGCGGCGAUUACGCCGUCGCUUUUUGUUUGGUAGUCCCUCCCCUUCAGCCAUGCGGCCAAGAUGGCGACUAUUGAGGGUGAAUGCCCGUCCCAGCGCACUCACCAGCGUAGGCGUGUUGAGUGUACGGUUGCUGUACUUGUCAGUGCUCUCAAAGAAGUAAGUGUAAGUACGGAGGUGCACAAAUGGAGAUGGAACAUGUUGGGUUCC